AUGAUGAUAAGGUUUAAAAUAAAGAAACAAGUUGUAUUGAUAUACUACUUAUGGGUAUUGUCUAUUUUUCGACGGAACAAGCAAAGGUGCUUACUUGUAUAUAGUAAAUUAAAUAUGGCUAAUUUUGAAGGACGAUCAGUAAUAUGGAUGUAUAAUAGAAACCAACCUAUUGAUAUUUCAGCGGUUUUAUCUCUAAACAUAUCUGGUGUACUCAAAAUUGAAUUUGAAUACAGGAAAGAAAUAAUCAUUUACUCUUCACCUCAACCUAUAAACAAUAUUGUGGCUACUAUGCUAGACACACGUAACUUUGUACUUGAACAACCUCACCCCAAUGAAACUAAGAGUGUACUGUGGCAGAGUUUUGAUUAUCCAUUAGACAUUUUGGUUCCAACGAUGAAGCUAGGUGUAAACCGAAAAACUGGACUAAUUUCAUUUAUAAUUUAA